GGCCGGGGUUGCAUCAGCUCUGGUGGCUCUUGGGGCAGAGGGGCCGGUGGGGAUCGCGACGUGAAGCCGAGAGCAGGGCAGGAGAAGAGUCCGGGCCAUGGCGGGAGCCGCGGGGGGCGAGCAAGCUCCUGCCUACAGUGGUAUUCUGAGCAUUAGAGACGAGGAGGCCAGGGUGGAGGCUUUGAAUGAGUACCUGAGCAGCCGUAGUUAUCUCCAGGGCCACACCUUCUCCCAGGCAGAUGUGGAAGCUCUCAGGCAGUUGACAGGCCCACCUGGGGACCAGCACUUCCACGUGGCUCGCUGGUUCAGGCACAUCCACGCCCUGUCCCAGUCCUGCGGGACUGGCGGGAGCCCUGGCACACGGGAGCCAAGUAAGGGCCGCCGCGUCCAGCCUCAGUGGUCUCCUCCAGCUGGAACCAAGCCUUGUAAACUCCGCCUCUAUAAUAGCCUGACGCGCAGCAAGGACGAGUUUGUGCCUCAGCAAGGACGGAAGGUGACCUGGUACUGCUGCGGACCCACCGUGUAUGACGCCUCCCACAUGGGCCAUGCCAGGUCAUACAUCUCGUUUGAUAUCCUGAGGCGAGUGCUGCGCGAUUAUUUUAAAUAUGACGUCUUCUACUGCAUGAACAUCACGGACAUCGAUGAUAAGAUCAUCAGGAGAGCUCGACAGAACCACCUCUUUGAGCAAUAUCGGGAAAAGAAGCCACACGCGACUCAGCUCCUUGAAGACGUGGCGACCGCCCUAAAGCCUUUUGGUCUCAGACUAAACGAGACCACCGACCCUGAUAAAAAGCAGAUGCUGGAGCGCAUGCGGGACUCCGUGCAGCUGGCCGCGGAGCCCCUGGCCAAUGCAGUGCAAAGAAAUGCGCCGGGAGAAGAGGUCACCGCCUGCGCUGAGGUGUUGCUGGAAAAGGCCAAGGACCUGCUUUCUGAUUGGCUGGACUCCCGGCUCGGCUCCCAGGUGGUGGACAACUCUAUCUUCUCCGAGCUUCCCCAGUUCUGGGAGGCGGAAUUCCACAAGGACAUGGAGGCCCUGAAUGUGCUCCCUCCCGACGUCUUAACCCGCGUCAGUGAAUAUGUGCCCGAGAUCGUGCGCUUUGUUCAGAAGAUCGUGGACAAUGGCUAUGGUUAUGUCUCCAAUGGUUCUGUCUACUUUGAUACGGUGAAGUUUGAUUCUAGUGAGAGACACUCCUAUGCCAAGCUGGUGCCGGAAGCUGUCGGCGAUCAGAAGGCCCUCCAGGAGGGAGAAGGCGACCUGAGUGUUUCGGCCGAUCGAUUGAGUGAGAAGCGCUCUCCAAAUGACUUUGCACUCUGGAAAGCCUCCAAGCCUGGCGAGCCGUCCUGGGAAUGUCCUUGGGGAAAGGGCCGCCCGGGCUGGCACAUUGAGUGUUCUGCCAUGGCCGGCACUGUUCUGGGAGCUUCGAUGGACAUCCAUGGUGGAGGCUUUGACCUUCGAUUCCCCCACCACGACAAUGAGUUGGCUCAGUCUGAGGCGUACUUCGAAAAUGACUGCUGGGUCAGGUACUUCCUGCACACGGGUCACUUGACCAUCGCGGGCUGUAAAAUGUCAAAAUCUCUAAAAAACUUCAUCACCAUCAAGGACGCCUUGACAAAGCAUUCUGCGCGCCAGCUGCGUUUGGCGUUCCUCAUGCACUCUUGGAAGGAUACACUCGAUUACUCGAGCAACACCAUGGAGUCUGCCAUUCAGUAUGAGAGAUUUAUGAAUGAGUUUUUCUUAAACGUGAAAGACGUUCUUCGUGCCCCUGCUGACGUGACCGGCCAGUUUGAGAAGUGGGAAGACCAGGAGCUUGAACUCCACAAAGUUUUUGAUGACAAGAAGAUGGCGAUUCACGAAGCCCUCUGUGACAAUGUUGACACGCGCACAGUGCUGGAGGAGAUGCGAUCUCUGGUCAGCCAGAGCAAUCUCUACAUGGCUGCCCGGAAAUCUGCCCGAAAGCUGCCCAAUCGCGGUCUGCUAGCGAACAUCAGCACUUACCUCACCCACAUGCUGAAGAUCUUCGGCGCCAUAGAAGGCCAGGAGACGCUGGGCUUUCCAGUCGGUGGCAGUGGAGCCGGCGCAAACCUCGAGUCCACGGUGAUGCCUUACCUGCAGGUGCUCUCAGACUUCAGAGAAGGAGUCCGCCAAAUUGCCCGGGAGAAGAGAGUCACCGAGGUGCUGCAGCUCAGUGAUGCCCUUCGUGACGACAUCCUCCCGGAGCUCGGCGUGCGGCUAGAAGACCACGAAGGCCUCCCAACUGUGGUCAAAUUGGUGGACAGAGACACGUUAUUAAAGGAGAGAGAAGAAAAAAAAAAGGCUGAAGAAGAGAAGAAGAGGAAGAAAGAGGAUGCUGCUCGCAAGAAGCAGGAACAGGAAGCGGCCAAACUUGCAAAGAUGAAGAUUCCACCAAGCAAAAUGUUUCUGUCAGAAAAUGACAAAUACUCCAAGUUUGAUGAAAAUGGAUUUCCUACCCAUGAUGCAGAGGGCAAAGAACUCAGCAAAGGACAAACAAAGAAGCUAAAGAAACUUUUGGAAAGUCAGGAAAAACUCCAUAAAGAGUAUUUACAGCUGGUUCAAAAUGGCAGCUUGAAAUGAGAAGAGAAGGCAGAUGGACUUUCUUAAAAUAAUCCAAGGUGAAGGAGCCAUUCCUCUGUGCUUGCCGACAACCGUCCAGACCACCUCCUGAAGCUUUUGUUGUGUUGCCUGUUUCUCCGGUGGCCCAGACUGGGGGUGUGGAUGGUGUAGGUAACCAUCAUGCACUGGCCACUGUAGAAUUUGGGAAAUAAAAUGACCCUAAGGACCCUGGAGCUGAGCCAGCUUUCCUCUCCCACACUGCCUGUGUGGUGCUCCCAGACAAUGAUGCUCGGUCAGCAGCUCCCAGAUGAGGGGCCCUCUCAGUGUGACGGCUUCAGCCGACUGAGAAAACUGUCUCCCAUGCUGAUUGUUAUCCAGCUAAUCUCAGCUGUGGUCUGAGGGAUGUUCGGAGGUGAAUAAAAUGCCCAACAAUUGUAUAGCAGAACCUACCGAGAGACCCCAAACAAAGGUUUGCCUUUUCAGUCAGAAUGAAUAAAUCCUUCACCAGUUC